AUGAAAAGGUCAAAAGAAAAGCAGUUGAGAUACUUGAAUCAACGGCUAUUAUUCCAUACAACAAGCCGUGUUCCUCCAUCACCAUUGAAGAAAUUGAUGAUUAAGCUCACCUCUGGGGAGUUUGCAGCAGCUGCAUCUGCUAUCUUAAGGGAACAUAUGCAGUACAUAUUGGAAGGAAUUUCGGAGGAGAAUAAUUCGGCAGAGGUUCUAGAUGCCGAAGUAGUUUUUGAAGAGGAAGAAACGUAUGAAGAAUAUGAGAUAGGCUUGGAGGAGUUGGAACAAGCUCCUCCGUGGAUUGAUGAUGAAGCCAUUCAUGUCAAAGAAGAGUUAGAGGAAAUAAACCUUGAAACUCUUGAGGAACCUCAGGAAUAUAAAGAUUGCUUUGCGUGGCAAUACUCUGACAUGCCGGGGUUAAGCAGGACAUUGGUAGAACAUCGGCUUCCUAUCAAGCCUGAUUUUCAGCCAUAUCGCCAACCUCCAAGAAGAGUGUCAAAAGAAGUUGAACUAAAGGUAAAAGAAGAAAUUGAAAAAUUAUGUAAAGCAGGCUUUAUUAGGCCUGCUAAAUAUAGUAAUUGGUUGGAAAAUGUUGUUCCUGUAGUAAAAAAGAAUGGAAAACUCAGGAUAUGCAUAGAUUUUAGAGAUUUAAAUGAAGCAAAUCCUAAAGAUAUAUAUGCCAUGCCAAUUGCUGACACUCUUAUUGAUGCUACAGCUAACCAUUCUCUUUUAUCUUUUAUGGAUUGUUUUGCCCGUUAUAACCAGAUUAUGGUGGCUAAAGAGGAUAUUUCAAAAACGGCAUUCAGAUGUCCAGGAUCUAUUGGGACAUUUGAAUGGGUGGUCAUGCCGUUUGGGUUACGUAAUGCAGGAGCAACAUAUCAGCGUGCUAUGAAUGCCAUUUUCCACGACCUCUUAGGUAAGACUAUGGAGGUCUAUAUUGAUGAUGUUGUUGUAAAAUCAAAAUUUAUAAGAGAUCAUUUGAAAAACCUAGAGGAAGCAUUUAGGAGGAUGAGGGUUCACUGUCUGAAACUCAAUCCUCUGAAAUGCGCCUUUGGUGUAAAAGCUGGAAAUAACCUGGGGUUUUUGGUCCAUGAAAGAGGCAUUGAAGUGGACCAAAACAAAAGCAAAGCUAUUCGAGAAGCUAAACCGCCUAGGAAUAAAACAGAACUUCAGAGGUUUCUUGGGCAAGUUAAUUACUUAAAGAGAUUUAUAUCUAAUCUUGCAGGAAAAACAAAAGUAUUCUCAGAAUUGUUGAAGUUGAGAAAGGAGGAUGUGUUCAUAUGGGAAACCAUCCAUCAAGAGGCUUUUGAUAAAGUUAAAAAUUAUUUGAUGAAGCCUCCUGUGUUCAUGCCUCCCAAAAAAGGCAUACCUCUGAGAUUAUACAUUUCUGCAGCUGAAGGGUCAAUUGGGUGUUUAUUGGCCCAGAGCAAUCAAGAUGGGCAUGAACAUGCUAUUUACUAUUUAAGCCGUUCGAUGACAUCUACAGAGGUUAGAUACUCCCCUAUCAUGAAAUUGUGUCUGGCUUUAUUUUUUGCCUGCACUAAGUUAAGACACUAUCUGCUUAGCAAUAGAGUUUAUGUGGUGUCUCAAACCAAUUUAAUGAAAUACAUGCUAAACAAACCAGUUUUAUCUGGAAACAUAGGAAAAUGGUUGUUAAGUUUGGCAGACUUUCAUUUAAUUUAUCAUCCUCAGAAAUCGGUUAAAGGUCAGGCUCUUGCAGAUUUCCUAGCCGACCAUCCAUGUAUAAAUCUAGGAGAUGAAAGUAAGUUUGACUUGCCAGUUUUCAUGAAUGAAAAAAGACCCUGGAUACUUAAAUUUGAUGGGUCUAGUACAGAUAGAUCUGCUGGAGCAGGGAUUGUAAUAGUAUCACCCUCUGGAGCUAAAACCUCCCUAUCUUUUAAUUUGGAUUUUGAUUGUACAAAUAAUCAAUCUGAAUAUGAAGCUUUAAUUAUUGGGAUGGAAAUUCUCCUAGACCUAGGUGCUAAAAAGGUCAAAAUUAUUGGUGAUUCUCAGUUAGUUAUUAGACAAGUGUCUGGUGAAUAUAUAUGUAUUAGUUAUUCAUUAACUUCUUAUUAUGCUAUUGUUAGACAGCUAACAGAAAGUUUUGAAGAGGUUGAAAUGGUACAUGUUCCCAGAGAAGAAAAUUGGGAGGCCGAUGAGUUAUCACAACUAGCAUCAGGCUUAUAUCUGUCUGAGGAAUUAACCCACCGACUAGUAAUGGUACAAAGAAAAACUCACCCUUCAAUUUUUAAAAGAGGAGUACAGUUAGAUAUUUUCAAUAUUGAUGAGAAUUUAGUACAGAAUUGGAUGAGGGACAUAAAGAAGUACCUAGAGAAUCCAAGUAAAAAGAUGCUUUACAAAGUAAGGGUGCGAGCCAUCAACUACGUGCUCAUAGAAGACACCUUAUACAGGAGGGGAUUUGACAACUUACUUCUCAGAUGCCUUGGAACUAUAGAGGCACUAGAGGUUAUGAAACAAACUCAUGAAGGAGUUUGUGGAGCACAUCAAUCUGGUGUGAAAAUGAGAUGGCUAAUUCGGAGACACGGUUAUUUCUGGCCAUCCAUUCUUAAAGAUUGCAUAACCUUUGCAAAAGGGUGUCAAUCAUGCCAGAGGUAUGGGAAUAUACAGAGACUUCCAGCUGCAAAGUUGAACUUUAUUAUUGUGGCUACUGAUUAUUUUACCAAAUGGGUAGUAGCUCAGCCAUUGGUAAAAGCAGAGCAAAAAGAUGUCAUAAAAUUUAUAAAAGAAAUGAUUAUACAUCAAUUUGGAAUUCCACAAUCAAUUACUACUGAACAGGGCACUAUGUUCACUGGUAAAGAAAUGCAAGAAUUUGCUUCAGAUUAUGGAAUAAAAUUAUUGACAUCUACUCCUUAUUAUGCUCAGGCCAAUGGCCAAGCUGAAUCUUCUAACAAAAUUAUUAUCAACAUAGUUCAAAAGAUGUUGGAAGAAAACCCAAGGGAUUGGCAUAGAAUUUUGUCAGAGGCACUAUGGGCAUAUCGUACCUCUAACGAAAUGCUACUGGAUUGUCACAACCCAAUCUCAUAG